AUGCGUGGAGAAGCAGGGCUGAUGCAUUUCGAGCAAUCUGUAGGGAGCGCUUCUUUGGACGAACGUGCGCAUCACAGAGCUUCAAAAGCCAAAAAUAUCCGCAACAUUAAAGUGACCGGUUUCGAAGGACAAUACGCUAAUCUUCCAAAAAAAGAACACAUGUUCGAGUAUCCGAACGAACUGCACAUUUACUCAUUCGAAAGCGGCUGGUGGCUUCUGGAUGGUGGCUCAGUUGCGCCCGUAUUAGCUCUAGGCUUAACCGGAGAGGAAGAAGUUUUGGAUAUGUGUGCGGCGCCUGGUGGUAAAAGUCUGCUCAUUGUACAGACUGAUUUGAUGGGUAGGAUUUUACAUUUUAAAAUGCUUUUCGUUUUUUUUUUGCUUGAGAAAGAUCGAAUUCCGUUAGCAGCACAUAUACCAAUUGCUGGUCGAUUGACUUGCAAUGAUAAUAAGCAGAGCAGAUUGGGACAGCUUCAUCGUGCUCUGGGCCAAUACAUCCCAACAAAUACAGAUGUUGCUGAUCGUGUGAUACUGAAAAGGAAGGAUGCCUCAGUGCUGGACACCUGGGAUGAGUGUUCCCAGUAUGAUAAGGUUUUGGUGGACGUGCCGUGUACCUCUGAUCGUCUUUCCGUGAAUCGAGACGAUGGUAACCUCUAUUCUACACAGUUGACGGAGCAGCGCUUGAACUUGCCUCAAGUGCAAACACGAAUGCUCGUCAACGCGCUACGUUCAGUUCGAGUUGGUGGCUGUGUUGUCUAUUCAACGUGUGCUCUGUCACCGGUACAAAAUGAAGCUGUUGUUGAAAAUGGCGUGGCAAUUGCAGAAGAGCAUUUUGGAAUCAGUGUACGCUUUUAUAUGUGUAUCAGUUUUGAUGCGUUUUGUGCUGCGUAA